GCGGGGCGGCUCCGGGCGCUCGGCGGCAGAGCCGCGGCAGCUCCCCGCAAGGCGGGCCGGGUCGCGAUGGGGCUGGAGCUGUACCUGGACCUGCUCUCGCAGCCCUGCCGCUCCAUCUACAUCUUCGCCCGGAGCAACAACAUCCCCUUCGAGUUCAAGCACGUGGAGCUGUUCAAAGACUCGGUGCUGGGGAAGAAGCCGGCGGCGGGGAGCGGCGCGGAGCAGCCCCGCGCAGGGCCAUCAAACAGUGACGGUGCAGGCAAAGUCAGCCUCUUGAAGAAAGUACCAGCACUGAAGGACGGAGACUUCACCCUUGCAGAAUGCACUGCCAUCCUGCUGUACCUGAGCCGCAAGUACAACACUCCCGACCACUGGUAUCCCUCAGACAUACAGCAGAGGGCCCGUGUGGAUGAGUACCUGUCCUGGCACCACACCAACAUCAGGGCCAAUGCUCCUAAAACCAUGUGGAUCAAGGUGUUGAUUCCCCUCUUCACAGGGCAGCCUCUGCCCUCAGAGAAGCUCCAGGAGGUUAUGGAGGGGCUGUCCACUUCCCUGAAGCAAUUUGAGGAGAGGUUUCUGCAGGACAAGGCUUUUAUCAUUGGGAGUGAGAUCUCCCUGGCAGAUCUUGUGGCCAUUGUGGAACUGAUGCAACCUGUUGGAGUUGGUUGUGACGUCUUUGAAGACAGACCCAGGCUGAGGGAGUGGCGCAGGCGGGUGGAGGAUGCUGUGGGGAAAGAGCUUUUUUUCCAAGCCCAUGAGAUGAUCCUCAAUAUCAAAGAACUGAGCAAUAUUCAGAUUGAUCCACAGCUGAAAGAGCAACUGGCACCUGUGUUGAUGAAGAUGUUGAAAUGAAUUAACCUAUCUUAGCAUUUUUCGUGCCUUUUUUUUUUCCUUUUUAACUUCUUCUCUGACAUCCAGUUCUCCAUGGAACUGGAAAGAGCACUGUAAUUCUAACACAGAAAUUGCAGAGUGGGCCAGGUCUUUCUUGUAUCUAUGGGGGUGGAAGCUGGGGAAUGUUUAAGACCUAAAACAUUAAAUUUACACAGAAGGCUGAGGCCCUACAGGUCACUUAACAUGCAUCUGGAUUUUAUUUCAGUGUCAGUCUUCUCAGAGAUGGUAGAGACAAGAAUGGUAUUUCCUGACAAUUCAAGCCAGCCUACAAACUGGGAACAUUAAAGAAGUGACAAGGAUGAGGAUCAUAGUUUCCAGUUUUAUCAUUUGUACUGCAAAGUGUGCCUGAUCCUCAUCUUCCCAGCAUGUCUGCACAGACAAGUAGAGCACAAAACUCCUUCACAAAAAUGAAAAAAAAAAAAUUAAGGUUUCUUAUUGUUGAGGCAUCUUGCUUGGCUGUCCAAGUAGUUCCACACUUCUUUUUCCCUUGAAGUUACUUUGAGAAGUUUCUUUGUAUUUCUACAGUGGUGUAUCUUUAUAAUUCUUCAGUUCAACUGCUGCUUUGGAUUUCUGAGAGCCUGGCUUCUGUUGGUGCUCUGUCUACCAGUACAUGUGUGGCAGCAGCUGUUCUUGGAGAUUCCUGCUGCUGGUGGCCACAGCAUUGGAAUAACUGCCUACCUAAAAUCUCUUGUUGAUAUGAUAUAGGGAGUACCCUGAAAGAAUGCAUGGAAGAGAAUAUAACAGUACACAAAUUGGGUUUUUUCUAUGGUAAUACUGUAAUAGCACAUUUCCCCUGUGAAAUGCAGAGAGGGAAUAAAUGCAGACACGCUCUUCUGAGACUGUUUUGGAUGGAAGUUCACCAAGUAAGUCACCCAGAGCAGCUGAAGUAAUAAGAGAGAUUUUGUGGCAUUGAGCAACACAUGCAUCACAAUAAAAGGGCAAAGAGUUGUUUUGGAGCUUUUGGGCUCUUUUUCUUGGCUGUUUGUUUCUGCUCAAACACAAAAUCCUUUUGUAUUACAGCACAAUUUAUGAGAUAAAACUGAGCAAAUCCAAGCAUUUCCAGUUUCUUCAGUUGAAAAUAACAAAUUGUAAAGGAUGCAGAAAUUGCUGGAAUAUAUAUUUGUAUAUUUCCAUUCAUAAGUAGUUGUUGCCCUUACCCUAAAAUCCUUGCCAAAAAAUUCUUCCUGUAAAGACUAAAACAAAAUGAGUAAUUGAAUUCAGGAAUUGCUUCUUUCACUAAUCAAAUAACUGUUUGGAUUUUUUUUCCUCUAGUGCUACCAUGUCUUGGCUAGUGACAUUUUUUGCUGGCAAGUUCUAAAAAACCUGUUGUUUUCUCACGGUGUUUUUCACCAAGGUUUCAGUUCUAGAUACUACUCUGUCCUAGAAAUCUCUGCCCAGCCUUCUUCCUGGCUGUUUUUUGCACAUAACUCUUUGUGCCAGUAUUGUCUUCACUAGCAGCAGUGAAGGCCAAGCAAUUCCCUAAGCAAAAAAAACCCCAAAAAUUUAGCAAUUUCAUCAGUUUUCAUUAGCUUUGUCUAGAAUUGUAGAAGACCAAGAUGUCACAUUACACAAGGCAAAUUUUCCCAACAGUUUUGUGCCUUAAAUGAUGACCUUUUAGUAUGGCUGGUUCAUAACCCUUUGUUGUAAACGAGCUCGUGGAACCUCACUGGACAGUAGCUCAGCCUCUGAUCUCUAGUUUAGACACCUGUGAUCUGUAGAUUAGACUGGCCCUGUGAGCCAGCGUGCCGAGGUCACUUAGCAACUUGUGAGUUCAAAGUCCUGAUUGCUCAAAGUCCUUGUAAUUAAUACAUGUUAGAUAAAGCAGU